UCAUCCCCCCAUAUGAUGAUUCCUUCCUACUCAUUUUAUUUGUUGCUUCAAGCUUUUCCCCUUCUCUCCCCUUCCCUUUCCCCUUAUCCCCUCUCUCUCUUUUUCUCUCUGUAGACAGAGAAAACAAACUCCCCCUUGCCAGCUCCCGUCUGAAAGGAACCUCUCUACCCUUCACUCAGACAAACCCAUAGAUAGAGAAAGAGAGAGAGAGAGAGAGAGAGAGAGAGAGAGAGACCCACUAGGCCACUGAGUUUACUGAAUUGAGGGUCAGCUACAGAUAUUGUACUGAGAGAGAGAGAGAUAGCAAAGACGGGAAAAAAAGAUACUCUUUCUCUUCCAUAAACAAAUAUAAUAUAUCAGCUCCAAUUCCAAACAUGGAUGAAGAUAAUGGCAUCCGCAGGCCCAACUUCCCCUUACAGCUCCUUGAGAGAAGAGACUCCCUCGACCUCCACCACCCCCGCCACCACUCCCUCUCGUCCUCCUCCUCCUCCAUCCCGGUCGCUAUCCCUGUCGGCGGCGGCGGCGGCACUGGAGGAAGCGGAGAGCCCAGCACGAGCCGCCCAAGCUCCACCCCUGGUGGAGUACUCCAGCUCUCCGACCCUGUAGCCAAGAAGCCCGCCCCCAAGCGGGCAUCGACCAAGGACCGCCACACCAAGGUGGAUGGCCGUGGCCGUCGGAUCCGGAUGCCUGCCCAGUGUGCAGCCAGGGUUUUCCAGCUCACCCGGGAGCUCGGCCACAAGACUGAUGGCGAGACCAUUGAGUGGCUCCUCCAGCAGGCUGAGCCUGCCGUGAUCGCUGCAACCGGCACCGGCACCAUCCCUGCCAACUUCACCUCCCUCAACAUCUCGCUCCGCAGCGCGGGGUCCAGCAUGUCGGCCCCCUCCCACUUCAUGAGGAGUGGGAGUUACUUAAACCCUAGUUUCCCCGGCGCUGCCUCCCAACAGCUCAGGAACUUCAGCCUCGAUGACAGGAUCGCAUAUCCUAGUGCUGGCGGUGAGGGUUCGUAUAAUAUGAAUGCGAUGCUACAGGCUAAACUGGAGCCCCAGCAGAACAGCACUCAUCAUCACCAGAUGGGGAAUUAUCUCUUGCAGUCGAGCACGGGCCAGACUUCGAGCCUGAGCACGAGCCAUGCUACCGUCGUCCCUUCCACGACGCUUUGGAUGCUCGCGAACCAGAGCAGUAACCAGGUCAUAAGCGGGGAGCCCUUGUGGCCGCUUACUCCUAGUGGAAGUGGUAACAGUAACAACAGCGCUGCUACAAUGUACAGAGGGUCCAUGUCUAGCGGGCUCCACUUCAUGAACUUCCACACCCCAAUGGCUCUACUGUCCAGCCAACCGAUGGCCAGCGGCAGUGGUGGAACGGUGACGGACAGCCACCUGGGCAUGCUCGCGGCUCUGAAUGCGUUCAGGCCGGUCCCCGUUAGUGGUGGCGGGUUGGAGUCCCCAGCCAGUGCGACAAACCCACAUCAUGGAGCUCAUGACGACGACGAUGAAGAAGAAGGUCGGGAUACAAGGAGCCGCCAUCGCUCCUGAGUUUUCAAUCAAAGGAUGUUUAUGGCUUCAUCGGUUCGAUGCUUCUACUUUUCUCACAUUUCCGUCCUUAAUUCUUCUCUUAAUAUAUGCAUAAAAGAUUAAAUAUCCGAAGUUUUGUCAAUUGGAUUUAUUAGAGAUAGGGGAAGUUUGAUUUGUCAUUGGGGUCAUUGAUAUAUAUGAUGUGAUCCCUCUGGUGUGUGAUACACUACUGGUAGUUAAUUAGCUGGCUAGUGUUAUGGAAUUUUAGCUAGGGUUUUCAGGUGCGAGAGGAAGUGUUAAUAUAUGAGUGUUUUUGACUUAAUUAAGGUUCUAAAUUCUAAUGGCAGUGUGUUUGGCCCUUAAAUCUUGUUGUUGUGAUGGAAUUUUCCAAUAGGAAAACCAAAGGAAAUUAUAUUAAUUAAGCAUAUUUAAAAUUUACACAUAUCUUUGGAUUGAAGGAA